AUGUGCCAAAGGCUCUCUUUUCUGGAGAAGGAAGUUAAGCAGUUGAAGGCAUCGAACGACCAAUCCUUCGCCGCUCAGGAAAAAAUCGACGUUGAGGUAGCCCGACUCCAAGCCGCUCUGGAGAAGAGCGAGAAGCUGCUCGAGGCCGAACGGUUCCUUCCUCCCCAAUCCACAACUCUUUUCUCUCGAUCAAUUGCUGCGGAGAUGGAAUCGUGUGUUCUCCAUCGCAACAAGAGGGUGGUUCUUCAGAAGCCGCCGGUGGCGGUCCCUUGCGUCUUCUGGCGCGCGGGUCGAUGCAACCGUCGACCUUGUCGCUUCCUCCACGCCGAACAACCCCCAUCUGCUCCGGAGAAAAACACCAAGCGCAAUCUACAGACCCCGUUGUCAUCUCCGGCAACAAACGGCAAGCGCAAUCUGCAGACCCCGUUGUCAUCUCCGGCAACAAACGCCAAGCGCAAUCUGCAGCCCCCGUUUGCUCUGGCAACAAAGGGCAAGCGCAACCUGGAGCCUCCCUAUGCUCCGGUGACAAACGACAAGCACGAUCUCGCAUGGAGGGGAGAUAAUACUGCUUCCUCCGUUGUUUUGCCGCAUGCUUCCUCCGUCAUCGUUUAUGAUAAGAAGAAUAAGAUCGCCGCUGACAGGGACACGGUUCGUAACGAGAGCAAUUGCUCUCUUCUGGCCACGAUCCGGGGGCAUCAACAGGCCAUAUCUGGGAUCGCAUUAGCAUCCGAUACAAACAGAUUGCUCCUAGGAAGCAAAGAUGGAACCAUCAGCGUCUGGGAUUCACUCACCGGACAGCGUGUCCGUGUAAACAUUAUGGGUGCUGAAGUUGGAGCCCUCCUCACUGAGCAACAUUGGAGCUUUAUGGGCGUCUUCGAUUCUUUCCAAGCCUACAAUUCACAUACCAAAACUCAGUAUAUAAUCGAAGAGCUUGGAGGACAAGUUCAUGCUAUAGCUGCUUCGAAUGGAUUCGUUUUUGCUGGUAUCCAAGAUGGAUCCAUUUUGGCUUGGCAAUUCAAUUCAGAAGAAUUAAUUACAGAACAACCGAUGGCAUCUCUCGAUGGGCAUCUACUUCCAGUAGUGUCACUGCUAGUGCAUGAAGAUAUCUAUUCCGGUUCUACGGAUCAUACAAUUAAGGUGUGGGAUCUCACUUCGUUACAAUGCAUACAAACAAUUAAUGGUCAUACAUCAUCAGUGAUGUCGCUGCUUUCAUGGGGACCGUAUAUCCUAUCUUGCUCUCUUGAUAACUCAAUAAAAAUUUGGGCCACUUCCGAAGGAAGUCAACAGUUGCAACUAGUUUAUACACAUCAAGAAAAUAAUGGCGUGAUUUCUCUUUGCGGCAUUAGCGAUGCUAAUGCUAAGUCAGUAUUGAUAUGUGCACGCAGUGACCGUUCCAUUUGUCUCUAUGAUUUGCCAUCAUUCACGCAGAGGGGCCAAAUUCACUUUAGUGAGGAGUUGAAGGUGGUCAAAAGUGACCCUAGUGGUUUAUUCUUUACUGGCGAUGCCACUGGAGAGCUCAGAGUCUGGAGCUUGUCCGGCUGA